ACCUGACCCUGACCUAACACUGACUGCACUGAGGGAAGAGAGGACAGAACGGCAGACAGAUAGACACUCUACAUAAAUAAAUAAACGAACGAGUGAAUUAAAUACACAAUUAUUUCCAACAUCUCCAUCUUCAUAUAGUAGCCUAUUCCGCGUCCUUGGAUUGGUGCGCCGGUCAGUGUUGGCUACUGCCACAGGGGGAAGAGGCGCAACUGCUGUAGACAAAGAGAGAAGGGCAACGCGCCUAUCAGACAUCCCUGAUCAGAAAAAAGAUCCGGUAGGAAUAUUUUAACCCACGAGCCGACAAGGACACUGUGCGUCAUUACUACAAAACGGUUAUUUCGAAAGCUCUACAUUCUACCCGUGCAUUUACCUCCUCCGGUUUACCGUUUUGCGUGGGGAGUGGAAACACUUGACCGUCAAUUCGAUGUUCCUGCAAAACGGAUAAGAGAAUAUUCUGUGGAUUUCUGAUGAAGUUUGGACAUUUGGCCAAAUCCAUUCAUUCCGAGGACAAGAAGCGCUGCGCGGUCGCAACGUUUUCGAUCUCCUGGUUGAUUCUUUGUUAGGCCCUAUUGCUUUAUUGCUGUGGUGCGAGGAAAUAUAUUCUAUUGCCAGCGUAGUGUUACGUAAGAGUGGCGUUAUCCAAGGUGCUGAACUGGACGUUAUAACGGGACACAAGGCAAGGGAAGAGAGCAAUCUUGCAAGGUCACAGGCCUAUCCGUGAGGGAUUUGGAGAGGACCGCACUGCACUGGCAUCGUUGAUACCCGUAUUCCUGUAGGAAGACCGCCUUUUCAUAUUAUUUUUUCUCAUUAGUGAAAUAAGUUCUUGAGGUGGUCGACUACACGGGGAGAAAAUGUCGGGGCAGACGCUCACGGAUCGUAUUGCCGCUGCGCAGUACCAGUUGACGGGAUCAGAGGUAUCUCGCGCCGUCUGCAAAGCCACCACUCAUGAGGUGAUGGCGCCCAAGAAAAAGCACCUGGAAUAUCUGAUCUCAGCCACCAAUGCGACCAAUGUGAACAUCCCUCAGAUGGCUGACACUCUGUUUGAGAGGGCCACCAACGCCAGCUGGAUUGUCGUCUUCAAGGCCCUCGUCACCACACACCAUAUGUGUGUCCAUGGCAAUGAGAGGUUCAUCCAGUACUUGGCCUCCAGGACUGCUCUGUUCAACCUCAGCAACUUUAUAGACAAAACAGGUUCCAACGGCUAUGACAUGUCUACGUUCAUCAGACGUUAUGGCCGCUACCUCAAUGAGAGGGCCUUCGCCUACCGCCAGAUGGCUUUCGACUUCACCAAAGUCAAAAAGGGUGCUGAGGGGGUGAUGAGGACAAUGACUCCAGAAAAGCUGUUGAAAGGCAUGCCUGUCCUGCAGACCCAGAUCGACACACUGCUGGAGUUUGACGUCCAUCCCAAGGAGCUGAAUAACCCUAUCAUCAACGCAGGGUUCCUGCUGCUCUUCAAGGAUCUGGUCAAGCUGUUUGCCUCCUAUAACGAUGGGGUCAUCAAUCUAUUAGAGAAAUACUUUAAGAUGAAGAAGAGCGACUGCAAGGAGGCCUUGGAGAUCUAUAAGAGGUUCCUGACCAGGGUCACCAAGAUCGGAGAGUUCAUGAAGCUUGCUGAGACUGUCGGAGUGGACAAAAAUGAUAUUCCUGACAUCAACUAUGCUCCCAGCAGCAUCCUGGAGUCUCUGGAGACACACAUGAACAGUUUGGAGGGGAAGAAGGGUGAAGGGUCUCCAACAAAGGGGUCCCCUACCAAUAACGUGUCCCCGACCUCCACCCCUGCCAAAUCUGCAGCCGCCGUGCCCACCCUAGCGCCGCCACCUGAAGAAGCCACCGAUUCUCUCUUAGAUCUGGACCCUCUCUCCUCCUCUGGUCCGUCAGUAGGAGCCUCAGCAGCCCCUACGUCCUGGGGAGACCUCCUUGGAUCAGAUGCAUUUUCGACCCCUGUUCCCACCUCUGAUGCCUCUGCUGAGGGCGGAGCUCCGGCCUCCACGCCAACCCCAGCCGCCGACGCUGCUGCCGACCCCUUUGCCCCCUCUGGUGGUAGCUCAGAAGCAGUAGGCCCAGGGCUGGACCUGUUUGCCAUGAUGCCUAUGGAGAACAACUGCUUUAACUCAGGGGCGCCCCCUUCUGCCCCCUCAUCCACCAUCACAGCACCUAUCACCCCCACCACCCCAUCGAUAGACCUCUUGAGUGCUAUGUUUGAUUCCAUGCCAGAUCCAAGCUUCACCAAAGCAGACCUUGCCCCCAGUGUUGACAUGUUUGGAGCAGAUGCCUUCUCCUCCCCUGCCCCCCUCUCCUCUGCCCCCCCAAUGGACAAGGGGGUGAUCAUGGACCUGUUUGGGGACUCCACUGGUGGAGAGACCAAGCCUGCUGCCCCUGCAGCUGCCUCUGGUGCUGAGCUGAUGGCAGCGUUUGAUGGUCUAGGGGAUGUGUUGAUGCCUUCUAUGACACCUCAGGCCGGAGGUGACCUGGACGCCACCAUGGCUAGCAUGGCUAGCAAUCUGGGAAUGGGGAGCCAAAAACCGGGGGAGAACACGAUGGGAGGCUGGUCAACUCCUCAGGUAGCUCCUCCCAGUUGGGGCGCUCCCAUGAACGUUCCAAUGGGGUCCCCUUCUUUUAUGGGGUCUAACCAAAGAUUCAGCAUGGGCGGAGCGGUCGGGGGUGGAGCUCCCAUGAUGCCCAUGGUUAGGCCAGGCUUUGGAGCCCCUGCAACCCCAGGAGCACCGAUGGGAUCUCCAGGGAUGGCCGGGAGUCCGAGGAGGCCUCCGCCCCCCAAGAAUGCCCUGGAUGACCUCAACAUCAAGGACUUCAUGUAAACCCCUCUAACCCUCCAAGAGGUUGUUGUUGUGUCUGGAGCUCUAUGGAUGUGGAUGUGUGCACUCCCCGCCUUCCUGUCACACCCAAGUCCCUUCAGCCAAUCAGCCAUCAGCAUUACGACCCCUGCCCUCUGACUUCCCCGUAACCCCGCCCUCCCUCAAUGUCUGAUGUUUUAGCACAAACCGUGGAUGUGAAUCAUAAAUACAGAAAACAAAAAUGUGUAUGUGUGUGAGUGUACUUCAAUGUUAUCCUUUACUUAAAUUAAGACAAAAAAUGUAACAUAAAAAAUGAUAUUGUAUUUUGAAUCAUUCUGGUACUCCCUGAAAGAGCUGAGUUGGAAUAUGUUGUUAACCAUGGACUGUGUUCGGUGUGUGUAAACCUCACUGGCCAAUCCCUGCCCUAUCCCCUCCAUUGCUGUCCAAUCAAAUUCUGUACUGAGCUGUGUUGCUGAGGUUAUUCAACACUUAGUUGUACUUCUCUCCAUUCAUUGAUCCAUCCAGCCUCUUAUACAGUUCUAUGGGUGUAUAUUGAUGAAAAUUGAAAUAUGUAUCAUCACAAAUCUGGGUUUACGAGAUGACGAAUCGUAUGACAACUUCCAUUUUCCAUUCAAUUCAUAUUUGUUUUUAUUUUGUCCGUCUUUUUUUAUUGUGUGUUACAUGCAACAUUUGUUGACUAUGUUCAAAUUGACAUAUGCGUUUUUGAAUAUUUUAAAUGAUAGAUUAUACAUAUAUUUCUUUAGUCUUUAUUUUGAGAGAAAAUGUAUCGUAUAUUUUAAUUAUGUCUAUGAAUUGCAAGAUUGAACAAAAUGUAAGAAGAUUCAAAAAAAGAUCCUUCCCCUUGUACAGUAUCUCCCUAUCUGUAUUUGAAGGCAGUAUUGAACGCAAACUCAGUCCCAGUGUUUACUGUUGCACUCCCUGUUGGUGUGAAGUGGUACUGCAUUUAAGCAUGUCAAGUGAAGUUCAUCAUCCAAACAUUUUUAAAACUCAAAAAUAUACUUGUCUCCUUUCCUUAACGGCCAAUUAUCUGAAUUGAAUCGAUAGAUGAAAGGCAGUUGGUGGAAAUAAUGCAGUCCUUACACCUAUCAGUGGUCAUGGAGUGAAUGAGACAAGGAGAUGUUUGUAAACAUUAUUGGGACACUUCCGCAAGGUCAUUGUGAUGCAGUGAUCAGUACGGUUGUAUCGUCCCCUGUAGCAACACUCCAGGGGUGUUGCGAACUAAUUGGCUGUAAAGUAUUCAUAUAUACACUGGAUGUUCCAUGUGUCGUUUCUCUUCCAAAGUGACUAUCUUAAUGUGUUGAGAAAGAAAAAGAUACAGAACAUGUAUCAUAUACAAUAAUGUGGAUAACAAUGUUUGCUAUAUAUUUGGUUGAAGGCAGUGCUGUUUGGUUCUUGGAUGGCAUCACUCCUCUCCUCUCCCCCACUUGCAUGUGAGUCCCAUUGAGAUCCAAUAAAAUUCAAAUACA